AUGGAAUGCGGAAACAUGGGUCUCUUCGACCGCGGAGUCCAGAUGCUGCUGACCACGGUGGGAGCCUUCGCGGCCUUCAGUCUCAUGACCAUCGCGGUCGGCACGGACUACUGGCUGUACUCCCGCGGCGUCUGCAAAACCAAGUCCAUGAGCGAGAACGAGACCAGCAAGAAGAACGAGGAGGUGAUGACCCAUUCAGGGCUGUGGAGGACCUGCUGCUUGGAAGGAAACUUCAAAGGCAUGUGUAAACAGAUAGACCACUUCCCAGAGGAGACGGACUACGAGGCCGAUCCUUCUGAGUACUUCUUACGUGCCGUCCGAGCCUCCAGUAUCUUCCCCAUCCUCAGUGUGAUCUUGCUCUUUAUGGGGGGGCUCUGUAUAGCUGCCAGUGAGUUCUACAAGUCACGCCACAACAUCAUCCUCAGCGCAGGCAUCUUCUUUGUCUCUGCGGGCCUCAGUAACAUCAUUGGGAUCAUCGUGUACAUAUCAGCCAAUGCGGGGGACCCCUCCAAGAGCGACUCCAAGAAGAACAGCUACAGUUACGGCUGGUCCUUCUACUUCGGGGCUCUGUCCUUCAUCAUGGCGGAGAUGGUGGGGGUUCUGGCCGUGCACAUGUUCAUCGACCGCCACAGGCAGCUCCGGAUAGGAGCCCGCGCCGCUGACUACCUCCAGGGCUCAGCCAUCACACGCAUCCCCAGCUACCGCUAUCGCUACAGACGCCGGUCCCGGUCCUCGUCGCGCUCCACAGACCCGUCUCAUUCGCGCGAUGCCUCUCCGGUGGGUCUCAAAGGCUUCAGCGCGCUCCCCUCCACCGAAAUCUCCAUGUACACGCUGCCCCGAGACACACUCAAGUCCUCUGGCACCCCCACGGCCACCUACAACUCCGAACGAGACCACGCCAACUUCCUCCAGGUCCACAACUGUAUUCAGAAAGAUAUCAAAGACUCCAGCCAUAGCAACACAGCCAACCGCCGCACCACGCCUGUAUGA